AGCCCGGGGCCAGCGCGAUGGGCUGAGCCCGUCCCGACUGAAGUGACUCACCGCAGUCAGCAACGCCGCCGUCCCCUCGCCCGCUCCCUCACUCCCUCCCUCGCUCCCGCCGCCGGCGGCCGCUGCCUUCCCCCAUCCCGACCCGUCCCGUCCCGUCCCGUUCCCCUUCCCCAGGAGCCCGGACUCGCCCCCAGCCCCCGCCCGCUGCCUUGGGAUCUGAGCUCCUGGUAACCACGUUGGCCUGUUAAAGGACAUGAUUCAGACUGUCCCAGAUCCAGCAGCUCACAUCAAGGAAGCGUUAUCAGUGGUGAGCGAAGACCAGUCCCUGUUCGAGUGUGCCUACGGAUCACCCCACCUCGCCAAGACAGAGAUGACGGCCUCCUCCUCCAGUGAAUAUGGGCAGACCUCAAAGAUGAGCCCACGUGUCCCCCAGCAGGACUGGUUGUCACAGCCCCCGGCCAGAGUCACCAUCAAGAUGGAGUGUAACCCCAACCAGGUUAACGGGUCAAGGAAUUCUCCUGAUGACUGCAGCGUGGCAAAAGGAGGGAAGAUGGUCAGCGGCUCAGACAGUGUUGGGAUGAACUAUGGAAACUACAUGGAAGAGAAGCAUGUUCCACCCCCAAACAUGACCACCAACGAACGAAGAGUCAUCGUGCCAGCAGAUCCCACGUUAUGGAGCACAGACCACGUGCGCCAGUGGCUGGAGUGGGCGGUGAAGGAGUACGGGCUCCCGGACGUGGACAUCUUGUUGUUCCAGAACAUCGAUGGGAAGGAGCUCUGCAAAAUGACCAAAGAUGACUUCCAGAGGCUCACCCCAAGCUACAAUGCAGACAUCCUCCUGUCACACCUACACUACCUCAGAGAGACUCCUCUUCCACAUUUGACUUCAGAUGAUGUUGAUAAGGCCUUACAAAACUCUCCACGGUUAAUGCAUGCUAGAAACACAGGAGGUGCCACUUUUAUUUUUCCAAAUACAUCAGUCUAUCCAGAAGCAACACAAAGAAUUACAACCAGGCCAGAUUUGCCUUAUGAGCAAGCUAGGAGAUCAGCAUGGACGAGUCACACCCACCCCAGUCCUCAGUCAAAAGCUACUCAGCCAUCAUCCUCAACAGUUCCCAAAACAGAAGACCAACGUCCUCAGUUAGAUCCUUAUCAGAUACUUGGACCGACCAGCAGCCGACUUGCAAAUCCAGGGAGCGGGCAGAUCCAGCUAUGGCAGUUCUUGCUGGAGCUCCUCUCGGACAGCUCCAACUCCAACUGCAUCACCUGGGAGGGCACCAACGGGGAGUUCAAGAUGACGGACCCCGACGAGGUCGCCCGGCGCUGGGGCGAGCGGAAGAGCAAACCCAACAUGAACUAUGACAAACUCAGCCGCGCCCUCCGCUACUACUACGACAAAAACAUCAUGACCAAGGUCCAUGGCAAGCGCUACGCCUACAAAUUCGACUUCCACGGCAUCGCCCAGGCCCUCCAGCCUCACCCCCCGGAGUCCUCCAUGUACAAAUACCCGUCAGACCUCCCCUACAUGAGCUCCUACCACGCGCACCCUCAGAAGAUGAACUUUGUAGCUCCCCACCCCCCUGCUUUGCCCGUGACAUCGUCGAGCUUUUUCGCCGCCCCGACUCCCUACUGGAAUUCGCCAACUGGAGGGAUCUACCCCAACACCAGGCUGCCAGCUGCUCAUAUGCCUUCUCAUCUUGGCACCUACUACUAAGCGUGGGGUGGGGUGGGGGAAAAGAAACGCCAGAAAAAGCAAAGACACUUCUCGCUGGGAUGAAGGAAUCGCAGCGAACUCUGUGGGAGUACACGAAUUCAAAGUGCCUAAAGAGACAAGGGAAGGUUUGGCUGGGAAAAAAACCAUUUUAAAAAUAGAUGUCAAAAAGACUCUUUGUAGUAGGGAUUUAAAGGAAAUAUCCAAGAAGUAUUAAGAUACUAAAAUGUAAUGUAUAUGGGCAUCGACUCUGUGGACCAAACAACAAUAGACUAUUGUAGGUGAAAGCAUGAAAUGAUAAGGAAAACCUACGGAAGCUGGUGGUCUUAAAAAGUUGAUAAGCUUAUGUGUAAAGUUUGAUACCUUGCUAGUGCAAAACUGGGACUAUACUACAGCAAUAUAAGGAUAAGUCUAUAGUGACCUAACAUACAGUAUAUGGAUCAUUAAAAAAGAGGAGGGAAAAGGGAAAAAAAAAAAAAAAGGAAAAAAACCACACCUGUCUGUAUUUAAAAAAUAGAAACAUAUCAACAGAAGAGACUGGUUAAUGUGGAAGCUGAUUUGGAAAAUAACAGCAUUGUUUUACUCAAAAGCAAAUGAGUUCCAUUCAUUGGAGGGAAUCAGCUACUCAAACUGUGAAGACAACCCAAACUUUCAGAUUCCUUGACAGUAUUGCAGGAACCCUGAGCCAAACAUUGGAAAUGAGAAUGUGCUGAAGGGCGAGUGUAUGAUUGUAGAUCAGAGGCCUGUACCUGACAGAGGAAGCAGGAAGGAGAAGGGGAGGGAUGAAGGUGGUGAGAAUGGGAGAAAAGAAACUUCUUCACCAGCAGAGACUGAAAAGACUGAAAAACUCAGUAGCAUUGGGGACUGUGAAGAAACACUUGUUUGGACUUGUGAAACGUAUUGCUCAGUAUUAUACCAUUCCCAGUAUUUCAGGUGGAACAGACUUGAUUUCCUAGUAACAAAAAAAAAAAAGGCAGGAAAAGGGAAAAGCAGAAGAAUUCAGAAAUCAGAACACACAUCUCUCUCUCUUUUUUUUUUUUUUUUUUGGUAAAAAAAAAAGAAGCAAAACUGGAAUUGUGUCUGAUAUUUAAAAGUCACCGGUUAGAACCUCAUCACUGCUAAGGGAGCUUUGUUUUCUAGUGGUUAAAGCAAGAGACAACCAAGAUCAGAAAUCACCUAAGUAUUUUUGUGAGGCGGGCGCCAGUUUUUCUUAUCGAGUCGCGAACGCUGUGCGUUUGUCAGAGUGAAGUAUACAAGUCAAUGUUAUUUUUUUUUCCUUUUUAUAUAAUUAUUAUAUAACUUAUGCAUUUAUACACUACGAGUUGAUCUCGGCCAACCAAAGACACACACACACACACACACACACAUAAACACACACACAAAAAAACCAAAAAAAGGGACAAUCGAAUAAAAACCAAACUAUCGUGGCCUUGAAUUUUAACUCUGUAUGCUUUAAUGUUUACAUUAUGAACAUUAUUAGUACUUAGAAUGCAGAAUGUAUGUAAUAAAAUAAGCUUGGCCUAGCAUGGCAAUUCAGAUUGA